UCUUUUCGGACUUAUUUAGCUUGUGCACUUCACAGAAACAAGCGCCGCAUUCUCACGUUUUGACAAGUUCUACCGUGCAGAUGGCAACUACUAAAGUUCCAGAAGUUCGUGACAUCACACGGAUUGAGAGAAUUGGUGCACAUUCUCACAUACGUGGCCUUGGUUUGGAUGAUGCUUUGGAACCAAGACAAGUGUCUCAGGGGAUGGUUGGCCAGCUGGCCUCCAGACGGGCAGCAGGGGUCAUCUUGGAGAUGAUCAAAGAUGGCCACAUCGCCGGCAGGGCAGUCUUGAUUGCAGGCCAGCCCGGCACUGGAAAGACUGCCAUCGCAAUGGGUAUUGCGCAGAGUCUCGGCCCUGACACCCCCUUCACAGCCUUGGCUGGCAGCGAGAUCUUCUCUCUGGAGAUGAGCAAGACUGAGGCGCUCAGCCAAGCUUUUAGAAAAGCCAUCGGCGUGCGGAUCAAGGAGGAGACGGAGAUUAUUGAAGGAGAAGUCGUAGAAAUCCAGAUUGAUCGACCUGCCACUGGAACGGGUGCCAAGGUGGGCAAGUUGACUUUAAAGACUACUGAGAUGGAGACAAUAUAUGACCUGGGCAACAAGAUGAUUGACAGUCUCAGCAAAGAAAAGGUUCAAGCGGGUGAUGUCAUCACCAUUGACAAAGCCACUGGCAAGAUCAGCAAGUUGGGCCGCUCGUUCACCAGAGCCAGAGACUAUGACGCCAUGGGAGCUCAGACCCAGUUUGUGCAGUGCCCCGAGGGUGAGCUGCAGAAAAGAAAGGAGGUGGUGCACACGGUGUCCCUGCACGAGAUCGACGUCAUCAACAGCCGCACGCAGGGCUUCCUCGCUCUUUUCUCCGGAGACACUGGCGAGAUCAAGGCGGAAGUCCGCGAGCAGAUCAAUGCCAAAGUUUGCGAAUGGCGGGAAGAGGGAAAAGCGGAGAUCAUCCCUGGGGUGUUGUUUAUUGACGAAGUGCACAUGCUGGACAUGGAAUGUUUUUCCUUCCUUAACCGUGCCUUGGAAAGUGAUCUGUCCCCAGUUCUCAUUAUGGCCACCAACAGAGGCAUCACUCGCAUUCGUGGCACAAACUAUCAGAGCCCUCAUGGCCUCCCCCUGGAUCUGUUGGACCGCCUGCUCAUCAUCGCCACCUCACCUUACACUGAAAAAGAGACAAAGCAAAUCCUAAAGAUCCGAUGUGAGGAGGAGGACGUGGAGCUGAGCGAGGAGGCUCACUCGGUCCUGACUCGCAUCGGCAUGGAGACGUCACUGCGAUACGCCAUGCAGCUCAUCAGCACGGCCGGUUUGGUGUGUCGCAAACGCAAGGGCACCGAAGUACAAGUGGAGGACAUAAAGAAGGUUUACUCUCUCUUCUUGGAUGAGGCCAGGUCUUCUCAGUACAUGAAGGAGUACCAGGAAUCCUUCCUCUUCAAUGAAACACGUUAGUAACAUCGGAAACAACUCAAAUGGAAACCUCGUAAUGAAGACCACGUGUUUUCCUUCUGUGUGCAUUUUUAGUUGUCCAUCUUCAAACUUUUCUUAGGAUUUGAAAUAAAACAAGUGCAUAACUUUCAAUAUUAUGGCUUUGUUUCCAUAUGUAUACAUGCCUAAUGUAAGAUAUGAAGAUAUACAAUCUAAGUAAGCAAGAUAAAAUUUUCUUCAUAACCAAGUCAAGUAAGUAGCAAUCACUUGCAGGAUUUGUCUACACUUGUGUUCCAAAUUCACCUUUUUACUUUUUGUUGUUUGAGCAUGUUGCCUUCAUGUUAAUCUGCAAGGCCUUGUGGCAAGGAUAACAUUUUGUCUCCGUUGAAUUGUCAUGACAUGCUUUUUAUUUCUCAUUAAAAUGAUUUAACUGUU